UGGUGUCUAUGCCGUUGCCACACUCUGAGCCUGGAUUUUUUCUCGAGUUACAAACAACAAUUGACAUCUUCGAUUUUUUACAUACCCUCAAUGGCACAAUCGGCUAGAACCGUAAAGAAGCGAUCGCGCAAGGCGCAGUCACCAGACGAGGAACAACAGCCGAAACGGCCCAGGCGCAGUCGCACCCAGCCAGUAAACUACAAGCUGCCUGAGCUAUUCAACGACGACGAACUUGAGCCAUCGACAUUUAACAGCGACGAAAACGAUACCGACGAGGACUACACGACAGGGAAAAGGCAAGAGAGAGCACAUUUUGCAACGUGGCGGCCUGCAUGCCGAUGAGCCCCUUGGACAAGGAGAGCGAGCUGUCCGCAGUGGAGUCAGGCAAAAGAAAAGAGCUCAAGCCAGAGCUCUCUGAUGGCAGCAGCACAGCAAACCGCGAUAGCGACAGCGAUAUUGGAUCCAGCGACAGCGGGAAGGAUGCUCUACACGAUCACUCGGAUGCAGAAACUGCUGGAUCAGCGCAGGCAAAAAAUAAGGCCAAGCGGAGAGGAUAUAAAGCUGAGAGACAUGCAGGUCCCAAUAACGUCCGUCUCUCAGCACACGAUGCAGUGCGCACAAUGACCGCCUUGCUUGAAGAUCGCAACAAUGACAUCGUCAGACACAUUCUACUGAAGAGGGAUGUGCCCAAGGGCAGCCCGGCAUUGGGCGUUGAUCCGAUGAAGGCAGUUGAUCCAGGAUACGGCGAUGUGGAGUUGGAAGAGCCUGGAGGCGAGCAGGAUGCGGUCGAGAUCGCAAACUUUGAAAGCAUGAGGAACAACCCGAGCCUGUCCGAGGUGGCAGCGAUCGGGGAUGAUGCCGACGACGUCAUUUCGGACCCAACACGCAACGGUGACAUUGGGCUAGUAAUACGACGGACCAACAGGGAGGAUCGGUUCAUGGCACCAGGGCUAUACGCGUCGUCUGGCAACCACAGCGGUGAAGAGGUCCAGUUUGUAACCAAGCAGCAGCUGAAGUACCCGGAGCUGCUAGCACCGCGCUACAACCGUGCAUUCGCGCGUGGUGAUGCCAGCCGGACCUUCACCAGUACGCUCGACCGCCACUUUAAGCCGCUGGUUGACAUGACGCGCUCCCAUGUCAUAAACCAGGUGCGUUCAUACUCGGGAUCUUCACGCCCGCUCUCCAAAUUCGUGUCCACUACCAUUGCCGAGGAGUCUACCUUGGAACGGCAAGGAAGGCGACAAGAAGGGGGUCUUUUGCUGGGCAACUACAACACAGGGUGGCUCGGGAUCCUUGAGGCUGCAGUGCAGGCAGGCAUCCCUGACGAGGUCAUUGCAAGGUCAUAUGCGAGGCUGUACAGACUCUGCGACGUCAACAUCGCAACAGACGAGGUUGUACAUAGGGUCAAGCUCAAUAAGUUCAGGAAUUUAUUGAAACAGCGGAUGUGCCCGAUAGCCAGCACAGUUGCUCCAUUCGAGUUUUGCCUCCCUCCGAUGGCCAAUCCAAGCAGCAGAGAUGCUUAUGAGCAGCAGUCAGGCGCUGUCAUAGCCUCGCAAGAUGUAUUGCUAAUGCUGCCCGGAGAUUACGUGCUCGGUGCAUUUUCUUCGCAGUUCUACAAAGGUCCAGCCUGA